AUGUCUCAUCAAGCUCCUGCGAAGUAUAAUUUCUUCAAAGGACAUCCUUCUAUCGAUCUCUUGCCAAACAAGAAGAUUCUCGAGGCUGCCAACAAUGUUCUAUCCAGGUUUGAUAAUACCAUGGACAACUACGACGGAGUCAAUAACACGCAUCCGUUAAAUUACGGCACAGAUCCUGGCAAUCUCGAGGUCAGAACUCUGAUAGCCGACUGGAAUGAUAAGAAGUUUGAACUCAAAACAAAGACAGACGCUGACUGUCUCAACCUAACCUCGGGAUCCUCAUACGGCAUCAUGAACAUUCUAGCGCAGUUUUCAUCCGCGCAUACUGGUGUCACGCGAAAAGCAUUCCUUGUCAGUCCGACGUACUUUCUGAUGAACUCCAUAUUCAUCGAUGCUGGGUUUGGAGGCCGGAUGACAUCCAUAGAAGAAGACGAAAAUGGUCAGAUUGACAUGGAAACGCUCAAGCAGAAAUUGGAUUUCUAUGAUUCUCAGGAGCCGAUUGCAAAGUCCAUCUCAGAAAAAGAUAUCGCUCAUAUUCACGAUCCAGAUAGACCGUUGAAAAAAAUCUAUAGGUACAUCAUGUACAUUGUGCCUACAUUCUCAAAUCCACGGGGUGGGACGUUGAGCCAAAAAAAUAGACAGCGUUUGAUUGAGCUUGCUAGAAAACACGACAUGCUCAUUAUCUGCGAUGACGUGUAUGAACUAUUGGAUUUCCAUAAUAGAGUGCCUUACAAAAGGAUGGUAUACUUAGACAGGGAAACACUGCCUGAAGGUGAGGAAUAUGGUAACGUUAUUUCCAAUACCACAUUUUCCAAGAUUCUGGGGCCAGGUCUGCGAACUGGCUACCAAGAAUCUGCCACCCCAAGGCUGGCCUAUUUGCUUUCCCAAGGAGGUGCGACGAGGUCCGGUGGCACCCCUUCACAGUUGAACACAGUGAUAGUUGGGGAGCUCUACAGAAUGGGAGCAAUUGACGACAUACUUGCCAGGCUUAACUCUACUUAUUCUAAACGUGCAGCGGCUUUGAAUGAGGCACUUCGAAAGUACUUACCGAACGGUACUCAAAUUGCUCCAAUAAAGGGCGGGUACUUCAACUGGGUCACUCUUCCGGAGCACCUCGAUGCUCAGGAGAUUGCGAACAAGUGUCGAAAAAGGGGUGUCAUCCUUGCUACAGGAGACAACUUUGAAGUGACUGGAGAUCCUAGAGGAUGGGGCAAGAGGAGUGUUCGAAUGAGCAUCAGUCAUUUAGAUGUGGCCAAGAUCGAUGAAGGGGUCAGAAUAUGGGGAGAAGAGUGCAAAUAA